AUGGACCUCAAGAACCGAUUUGGCGAGCGGAAACCAGCUCUCGAUACUGAGCUGCGAAGAAAGAGAACUGAUUUUGGUUUAUAUGAAUGGCCGCAACCACCAAAUGCUACGGAAUCGGUAAGAUCCCGAGGCUCAACAGCUUCUGCAGGCGCCUUUGGCGUUUCCGGAGAUAUUGAUCCGAAAUCUGAUAAAGACUUGCCACUGAUAUCCACCGGGGUACUCGACGUUCCCAGCCAAAGGGCCCUUGUGGCAGCCGUUUUUGUCAUUAUUCAGGCCUACAAACUGUACGACCUUAUUCUCCUGAAAACUGGGCUUCCUGUUUCUGGGGUUCUAAUCACCAGCUCGCGCUUCAAUUUCGUUUCGAAGUAUUUUGUUAUUGACUCGCUGUUUCUGUACUUUCUAUCGAACAUGAAGAUCCCUAAGUUGACCUUCAGACCCAUAACGGUCUUGAUACAGAUCCUAAUUAUGACCGCAACCACAGUAUUUCUGUCCAAUGAGCAGACCUUUCCCUUUUUGUCAAUAUUAAUAUCGGCAUGGGGUAAGUUUAACACCAAACAGCUGAGUUUGACUGGUGGAUCUGUUAAUCAACGCAAAAUUGUAGAUCCAUCUUCGCACUUUAAAGGUGCCCUAACCAUCAAAAUUUUGCCCGAAAAUACGGCGAUGCUAAACCCUUUUCACGAUUCUUUUUGUAUGAGCAUGAAUGGGGUCAAUGUUGAGGCUAUGCACAUUCCACUUAGAAUUAAUUCUACCUCGGAGAUUGAUUUUUUGCAGCUGGAGUACCGCAGUUUGGAGUCUUCCAGUCCUCAAUUACUGAAUUUUACGAAAAAGCAGCUAAUUGAAGUUUCUAGGACUCACAAUUUGUUUCAAAGAGACCAGGCUCCUCACCAAGCCUCUAUUCGGUACUUUGUACUUCCUGUUGAGAAUAUUGGUAUGUACCAAGUCAAACAGAUCACUGAUUCCAAAAAGUUCAAUCUAAGACUCUACAAUUCCCAAGUUAUUAUUCCGCACUGUCCAUGGGGUGUCAUAGCUGGAUUGGGAGAGUUAGACAGAUGUGUCGGGGAAUCGAGCAAAGUUUCAAUCGAAGUAAAUGGUGUUCCGCCGCUCAAACUUCAAUACACUCGCCUUUUAGAUGGUGAGUCAUCUCUGUUUACGGAUGUAAAUCUGUUGCCGGAACGUUUUGAUUCUCCUCUCAUGUUUAACCAGAAAACCUUAUCCCAUGAAAACUUAGCAGAUCUAAAAUGGGCCAGAAGCUAUCCUGUUGCUAUCAAUCUCGAAGCAGCUCUGAAGGAUGAUGGCGUUUAUGCUUACACACUGGAUAAAAUUAGCGAUGGCUUUGGAAAUGAAAUGGACUUCUCAGUGCUGUCCCCGGAUUUGUUACAAAAGUAUGGUCUUUCCUAUAAAUUCAAUGUUCACAACCUUCCUAAAGCUACUUUGGACUCGAAAUUCGACCAUAACUCGCCUACAAAAAGAUCACUAAUUGUCAAAUUCGAAGGAAUCAGAGACUGGGAUGAGGGAAUUCCUUACAAUGCAAUCAUUCAGGCUUCCAACGAUACAGAGGUUUCACUGUUGAAGUAUGAUUUAACUAAGCAGACCACCGAGAUCCCUGUCAAUUCGCCUGGAACUUAUAACCUGGUUUCGGUGUCCUCCAAAUUUUGCUUGGGUGUUGUGGUUGAUAAAUCAAAUAUUCUAGUGACGAAACCUAUCCCUCCUAGUCUGGAAGUCAAGUCCACACCUAUACUAGACCAAUGCGUUGGCCAAGUUGGUUUAAACUUCGAUUUGACCUUUACAGGAGUGCCUCCAUUCUAUUACAGGACUAAGAUUUACAAAAUCGAAGACAAAGAUCGCAAACUUCAUGAUACCAAAAAAUUCACAUCUCAAGGUACAAGAAAUCAGUUCCGUUAUAAUCCUACCUCGGAGGGUAAUUACGAAAUUGUGUUUGACCAGAUUUCUAAUACCCUCUUCACCAAGGCUAUUCCCUUGGUGCCUUCGCAGGAUUAUACUUUUAAAACAUCCAUGAGAGUAAAGCCUGACGCUGCUAUCUCAUCGCAGUAUGCAACACAGUUAUGUCUAAACAGCCAGAGUAAGAUCCCGGUUACUUUCAAAGGUGAGGCACCAUUUACGCUUGAGUACGAUAUUUUGGAGACUUCUACGAAUAAGAGAGUGACAUAUACUCUCGAGGAUAUCGAUUCUUACAAAUAUGAGGUCGAAACUCCAAAAUUUGAUGUGGGUGGUGAUUAUAUUCUUUCGCUUGUAUCCGUUAAGGAUUCGUCUGGUUGUGUAGUGGGCAUCAGCUCUUCGGAUGCUCGUAUUGAGGUUCGUCGCGAUGUUCCAUCCGCGAGCUUCAAUUCUUUCGAACGUGUUAACGAGGUGUUGAUAAAGGAAGGCGCGUAUGCCGAGCUGCCUAUGAGCCUUUCGGGCGUAGCGCCUUUUACCAUAAUGUAUCAACACACAGAUAAGAAGGGCGAUGUGCUUGGAACUUAUGAAACGAAGUUCCUGUCCAGUUACAAAGCUACUCUAAGGGUUGAAAAAGAAGGAACAUACAAACUGAUGUCUGUGAAAGACCGCAGUUGUCGGGGGAGGGUAGAACUAAACAACGAGUUUGGUAUAUCUUUUCUAAGCAAGCCUAGUUUCGAAGUUCAGGAGCACAACAAGCUUUUCAGGUCAAAGGACGGAUCGUUGAAGAAGCGCGAAGUUUGUGAAAAUUACGAAGAAACUGUGGACUUGGUGUUGACAGGAUCGGCUCCUUUUGUUGUCUAUUACGAUCUUCUGUCACCUAAUGGCCAAAUCUCAUCUAAAUCUGUUCAUGUCGCUACUAAAUAUGCAUCGAUCAAGUUGCCCAAUGAUAGAGCUGGUAGCUAUACGUUGACUAUCAAAGGUGUAUCUGAUUCUCACUAUUCCGACAAAGAUUUAGUCAAGAUAGGCUUCACGACAUCUGAUGUGGUGAUAAAGCAGGAUGUCAGACCACUGCCCAGCGUUCAAUUUUCUGAUCCCGGUAAAACUUUCAGAACCUGUUCUGCUGAUGUGGACCACGUUGCUGGACUUGAAAAGAUCGGACUGCAUGUGAAGGCUGGACAGGCGCCCUUGGCUGUAACCUUUAGUAUCUAUCAUGAGAGUACCAGUAAGACUGAUCGCAUUAAUAUCGGGGGCGUUACUAAAAAUACCUUUGAAUAUGCUAAGCUGUUCGGUGGUUUGAACCUCGGCAACCAUAUUGUAACCAUUGAGGAGGUAGUCGACGCAAACGGGUGUGUUUCCGAUCACAAAUCUGAGAAGAACCAUAUUUUAAUAUCCAUUACAGAUGUUCCCAGAAUCUCAUUGGUGGAGCCCAAUAUGGAUGUGUGUGUUGGAGAUUAUGUAUCCUACCAACUAGGCGGGAUGGCUCCCUUCACCAUAAAGUAUGAUUUCAAUGGUGUUUCACUGAAAUCGAAAGAACGGACAUCACAAUUUGUAAGGUUGGCAUCGGAGGCUGGUAAAAUUUCCAUCAGCUCGCUGCAAGACUCGGCAUCCCAAUGCGUCGUGAACUUCAUGAAACCCGGCAUGGAGCGUCAAUUUGAAGAUUUGUCGCUCGAAAUUCACCCAAUUCCCUCUGUAACCGUUUCUCGCGGCGAUUACAUUGUGGAAGAUAUUCACGAGGGCGACCAGGCUGAGAUUAUUUUCUCUUUCGAAGGCACCCCUCCAUUUUCUUUAACGUACGUCAGAACUGAAGAAGCAGACGAUAAGCGGGGAAAUAGACGUCCCCAAAUUGUUGAGACUCACAAGGUCGAGGACAUUUAUGCGUACGAGUAUAGAACGUUCACUAGCUUGCAAGGCAGAUACGAGGCCAUCGCCAUCUCAGACGCGUUCUGCUUUGCAAAAAACAAUGCAUAUUUUGCCUGA